AUGGUCAAACGGACAGCAGAGGAAAACUGGGAUCCAGUCGAGGACGACAAGGUUGUUGAGGAAGACAAGGCCGUUGAGGGAGACAAGGUCGUUGAGGAAGACAAGGUCGCUGAGGAAGACAAGGUUGUCGAGGAAGACAAGGUUGUCGAGGAAGGGGUUGUUAAGAAGGAUGCUGCCGACAAGAGCGAUGAAUCGAACACUGAGGAAGAGGAUGACGUCUAUGUCGUCGAGAAAAUCGUUGAGCAUACAAAGGGUGAGACACUCUUCAUGAUCAAAUGGGAAGGGUACGAUGAUCCUGCGGACAACACAUGGGAGACGGAGGACAACAUCAUCGACAAGGAUAUACUAAAGAAGUACUGGGAUGACUAUAAUGCGAAGGCUGCAAAGAAGGUGGCGCCUGCAAAAAAGCGUGGCCGCCCGGCGUCUAACGGUGCGUCGUCGCUCAAGGCCAAAGAAGCGGCUACCAAGCGCCGGCGCACAUCGGCAAGACAGGAGGCAACAGCCAAGCAGAACCCCCGGCAGAAACCCCAGCAGGAGGCUGAGCCAGAAGCAGCGGAAGCCGAGAGCAACGAAGCGUCUGGCCAGGAGAUCGUGUAUGGCGAGGAAGGCCCUGAAGCCGAUGACUGGGUGCCGCUCCUGGACGAGAUCAUUACGCUUGAUGCUACCGACGACGGCCUUAUUGCCCAGAUCCAGUGGAAGAACGGCCAAAAGUGCGAGUACCCAAUAGAGCUUAUUUACGCGAAGCUGCCCAUGCAGAUGCUGAAGUUUUACGAGCAGCGCUUAAGAUUCCGGUCUUCUCAGUAA